CGCCGUGUUCUCUCGGUUCCUUUGUUCGGAACAGCGGGUUCCCUCUUCUCCCUCUCGGUCUCUUCUCUGCUGCUCUCUCUCCCUAUCCCUGCCCGCAGCCCUAGACAUCUCCGGCGGUGCGCUUCUUCUCCGACAACCGGUCUCUCCGCUGAUCCAGCCCAGGAACCACUCUCCUACUCCUCGCCCGAGCUGUCUCUCACACUUUCGCAGUUUGAAGAAUGAACUGUUAAAACUGUGCUAUCAAAUGAUUGGAUUCACUGAUGGACUUGAAUGCUUCACCUUUACCUGAAGACGAUGAAGAAGAGCAAACUCUAGAAACUCAUCUUCAAGAUGAAAUUUAUGAGGAAGAACAUGUAGAAACGGCAGUGGAGACUUUGCGCAGGGAGCGUGAAGAACGGCGUCAAAGAUUGAAAAGAGAACAUCCAGAUGAUUUAACAAGUCGUCCUUCUGCCAAAGUACAGAGGGGCAAUAUAACAUUUCAAUCUAGAAACAAUGCGUUGAAUGAAAGAAGGAAGCAGGUGCCCAGUGGUUGGCUUGACUGUCCACCAUAUGGCAAACAUAUAUUUAAUAUUAUUCCUUCUAAAGUUCCACUAAGUGAGAGUUUCAAUGAGUAUGUUGUGCCUGGUAAGAGAUAUAACAUCAGAAGGGUGAUUGACAAGCAGAGGAUUGCAGGACGAGAGCUUGGAUUGGUUAUUGAUCUGACAAAUACUUCUCGCUACUAUUCACCAAUAGAUUGGAAGAAGCAGGGUGUUAAACAUUUCAAGAUAGCAUGCAAGGGACGUGACGAAGUGCCAGAUGCUCUAUCUGUGAACAUUUUCUGCUAUGAGGUAAUGCAGUUUUUCCAGCGGCAAAAAUCGAAGUAUAUAUUGGUACACUGCACUCAUGGGCAUAACAGAACUGGAUAUAUGAUCAUUAAUUUUCUUGUACGGUGUUAUGGUUAUUCUGUCACUGAGGCAAUAGAAGCAUUUACGGCAGCUCGCCCUCCUGGAAUAUAUAAGUCGGACUAUAUUGAUGCACUUUACACAUUUUAUCAUGAGAAAAAGCCUGACUCAGUUGUAUGUCCUCCAACCCCUGAAUGGAAAAGGUCUUCUGAGCUUGAUCUGAAUGGAGAUUCUCUUCCUGAUAUGGAGGAUGAUGAUGGUAACAAUGGGAUUUCUGCUGCACUGCAAGAAAUUGGUACAGCUAAUGAAACAAUGACAAAUGAUGACGUGUUGGGAGAUGAGAUAUCUUAUGACCAUCAAGUUGAGCUGCAAUGGGUCUGUUGUCGGGCGCUUGGAGUGGCAAAUGGAAGACAUUUUCCAGGCUCACAACCGGUUUCCCUUGACAGGACAAGCUUGCAACUCCUGAGGCAGCGUUAUUAUUAUGCAACAUGGAAAGCUGAUGGGACGCGAUAUAUGAUGCUCAUCACGUAUGAUGGUUGUUAUUUAAUUGAUAGAAAAUUUUGUUUCCGAAGAGUUCAAAUGCGGUUUCCAUUAAGAUCUCCUCCUCAGGACGACAGGAACCAUCAUCACUUAACAUUACUGGAUGGUGAGAUGAUAAUUGACACAGACCCAGGAACUGGGCAGCAGAAUAGAAGAUACUUAGUCUAUGAUCUCAUGAUGCUCAACCAAAAGCCAGUGAUAGAGUUACCAUUUUGUGAAAGGUGGAAACUAAUUGAGAAGGAAGUGAUAGAGCCACGAAAUAUUGAGCGUGCUGCACCAAUAAAUUACAGAUAUGAGAUGGAGCCAUUUCGUGUCAGGAGAAAGUUAUUUUGGAUGCUAUCGGCUGUUGGGAAACUUCUUGUGGAGUUUAUCCCCAAUCUUUCUCAUGAAGCAGAUGGUCUCAUUUUUCAGGGAUGGGAUGAUCCAUAUGUACCCCGUACACACGAGGGACUUCUAAAGUGGAAAUAUGCUCAUAUGAACUCUGUGGAUUUCCUUUUUGAGGUUGGAGAGGGAGAUUAUCAUGCACUUUAUCUUAUAGAUAAGGGGAGGAACAGACAGUUGGAAGGAGCCUAUGUUGUAUUUAAAGGUGGGGAAGAUCCCAUGGAUUACUCUGGAAAGAUUGUAGAAUGCUCGUGGGAUCCACAUCAGAUGUGCUGGGAAUACAUGCGCGUCAGAGUGGACAAGACAACUCCAAAUGCUUGGAAUACAUAUAUAAAGGUUAAAAAAAGCAUCGACGACAACAUAACACAGACUGUUUUACUUAACGAGAUAGAUGAGAUAAUAAAGCUGCCAAUGUAUGCUGAUAGAAUAGCGAAGGAGAGCCAGGUCCGUCAUCACCACUCACAUUCUGGCAGACGCAGGUGAUUUUCGCGAUGGGACAGUUUAGCGUACCGGUAGUUCUACCAUGAUAGCCAAAGCAUUUUAGAGGAGUAACUGGGGUUUCAUAGCUUCUGUGCCUUGUUGUGGGGCUUUCAGCAUCUUGGUGGAUGCUCUUGUUCGUUGCAGAUCAUUCAUUUUAUUGUCAAUGUCAAAUCUGUAGAUUGUAAUACAUCACUAGGGAAGCUAAGGUUGCCUUGUAAAUCAUUCCUUGUAAAUGGACAACACCUUGUAAAUCGUAAAUUUCUCAGUUGUAAUGUAGUUUUGGUAUUAAAGAGAGUGCAA